AUGGAAGAAAAUCAGAAGAAAAAAAUGGAGAAGCAGGAACUACUCCGCAAGGAAUCCGAAAUCGACAAGCUGCGAAGUAUCGCAUUCUCAGCUGUCGCGGUUACCGCUUUUGCACUCGCCGCUUCUGUUAUCGCUCUUCCACUUCUUUUCAGUCAUGCUCAAAACAUUCAAUCCGUUUUGGAGCACGAGCUGCAAUUCUGUUCGUUGAGAUCGCACGAUCUCUGGGAUGAACUUCGCAAGGUCGAGCUUAUCACUGGACUCCAAAGUCGUAUUAAGAGACAAUACGUGACAGGACCAGCUCAAGGAGGAUACGGCGGUGGCGGCGGCUACGCUCAAGGCGGUGGCUAUGGAGGAGCUAGAGCAGGAGGUUAUCAGGGAGGAAGCUUCGGAGGAGUAGGUGGUGGCGGAUAUGCUCCCAGACCUGUUCAGCCACAACCAGUCUAUAGACCAGCUCCAGCAACAUUUGUUCCACAGCAGUCACAGAGAUCUAUCUGUGUCUUCGGACCACCGGGACCACCAGGAUUCCCAGGAGCAGAUGGGCAGCCCGGACGUGACGGAGAACCAGGAGCUCCAGGUCAACCAGGAAGCGAUGCCGGAGGAAACUACGGACAACCUGUGUCCCACGAUUGUCAGACUUGUGCCCCGGCACGCCAGGGACCACCAGGACCACCAGGACCACGUGGGCAACCAGGACAGCCAGGAGCUCCAGGAAUGGGAGGCGGUGCUUCCAGCCGUGGACCGCCAGGCCCGCCAGGUCCUGCUGGACCACCAGGAGACGAUGGAGCUCCAGGACAGCCUGGACAUCCAGGAGCCACUGGAACUGUUGUUCAAGGACCUGCGCAGGUUGGACCACCAGGACCCCCAGGACCACCAGGACUGCCUGGACCAGACGGACAGCCAGGACACGGAGGAGGAGGCCAGCCAGGACCUGCUGGACCACCUGGAGACAAUGGACUCCCAGGACAACCAGGACAUCCGGGAGCACCAGGACAACCAGGACAAGAUGGUGGAUCCGGCGGCCAUGGAUCAUGCGAUCAUUGCCCUCCACCACGUGUCGCUCCAGGAUAUUAA